AGAUUGUGCUGAAUACUACCUCGCCUGUCCUCUUACCGUUAUAAUAUUCAGCCUGGGAGCAGGUGCGUGCUGCGACGUAGCUUUGACUCCAUUAGCAUUAAAAGGAAUAGGAACAUUCACUGGUAAUGUUUACCGGUUAACUGCGGCUCAACGAGGGACAAAUCCUUUCAAGGAGUCCGACCAGGUACCAUGAGAGGCAUUACCAGGACGGACAGUAUCACACCGGAUUGUGGACUACGCAUGAGAUGGACUGUAACUUAGGUGUCGCUUCGAGACGUUGCGCGCUUGCAGGAGCAAUUUGUCCAGUUUAAAUCAGCCACAAAUAGCACUGUAUAUUGGGUCAUGUUGUCUGCGCUCAACACGUUGCCGGAGAGCGAGGCUGGAACAGGUCACUGGUUCACUCCGUCCACAAUUUAGUAUGAUGCCUCUUGGUCAAACCUGCUGCGUUUCCUUCCUGUUUCCUCGCCCCGUCUCCAGAGUCCAAACACCCCUUCAGCAGACCGAGCGCUCCUGAGCACUCUCGCUGUGACCCUGCCUGUUCAGCUGCCUGCAUCCCGGGAGGUGAUGCGACGGUUUGUCUACUGUAAGGUGGUGCUGACCACCUCUUUAGUGUGGGUGCUGGUGGACGUGUUCUUGCUGCUCUACUUCAGCGAGUGUAACAAAUGCGACGACAGGAAGGACCGCUCGCUGCUCCCUGCCCUCCGAGCUGUGAUAUCUCGGAGCCACGAGGGUCCGGGGGAGAUGGGCAAGGCGGUGAACAUCCCCAAGGAUGACCAGGAAAUGAAGGAGCUCUUUAAGAUUAACCAGUUCAAUCUGAUGGCCAGCGACAUGAUUGCACUCAACAGGAGUCUGCCGGAUGUGAGGUUGGAUGGCUGUAAAACCAAGGUGUACCCAGACGACCUGCCAAACACCAGCAUUGUGAUUGUGUUUCACAACGAGGCAUGGAGCACCCUGCUGCGGACAGUUCACAGCGUGAUCAACCGCUCUCCCAGACACUUGCUUGUGGAGAUCGUGUUAGUCGAUGAUGCCAGCGAGCGAGACUUCCUGAAGACAAAGCUGGAGAACUAUGCGCGGACUCUGGAGGUGCCAGUAAGGAUCCUGAGGAUGGAGCAGCGUUCAGGUCUAAUCAGAGCCAGGUUGAGGGGUGCGGCCGCCACAAAAGGUCAGGUCAUUACCUUCCUGGACGCUCACUGUGAGUGUACUGUCGGCUGGCUGGAGCCCCUUCUGGCACGCAUCAAAGAGGACAGGACAGCAGUGGUGUGCCCUAUCAUUGAUGUCAUCAGCGACGAGACGUUUGAAUACAUGGCAGGCUCAGAUAUGACCUAUGGCGGUUUCAACUGGAAGCUGAACUUCCGCUGGUACCCUGUUCCCCAGCGGGAGAUGGAUCGACGCAAGGGGGACAGAACACUUCCUGUCAGAACUCCCACCAUGGCAGGAGGAUUAUUCUCUAUAGACAAAACUAACUUUGAAGAAUUAGGAAGCUACGAUCCAGGGAUGGACAUCUGGGGCGGAGAAAACCUGGAAAUGUCUUUUAGAAUCUGGCAGUGCGGUGGCUCAUUGGAAAUUGUAACAUGUUCGCACGUGGGCCAUGUUUUCCGGAAGGCCACCCCAUACAGCUUCCCUGGAGGAACGGGCCAAGUCAUCAACAAGAACAACAGGCGCCUGGCGGAAGUCUGGAUGGAUGAUUUCAAAGAUUUCUUCUAUAUCAUAUCACCAGGCGUGAUGCGGGUGGACUACGGAGACGUUUCAUCCCGUAAAGCCCUCCGUGAGGCCUUGCGGUGCAAACCGUUUUCCUGGUAUCUAGAGAACGUCUACCCAGACUCCCAGAUCCCGAGGAGAUACUACUCACUUGGUGAAAUCAGAAAUGUGGAGACCAACCAGUGUGUGGACAACAUGGGAAGAAAGGAGAACGAGAAAGUUGGCUUUUUCAACUGUCACGGCAUGGGUGGAAACCAGGUUUUCUCAUACACGGCGGAUAAAGAAAUUAGGACAGAUGACCUCUGUCUGGAUGUCUCCCGCCUCAACGGACCUGUCGUCAUGCUCAAGUGUCACCACAUGAAGGGCAAUCAGAUGUUUGAGUACGAUGCUGAGCGACUCACCCUGAUGCAUGUGAACAGCAACCAGUGUUUGGACAUGCCAUCUGAGGAGGACAAGAUGGUCCCUACCCUGAGAGACUGCAACGGCAGCCGCUCUCAGCAGUGGCUGCUUCGUAACAUGACUCUGAGCGUCUGAUUCCACCUCCCCCCCCCUCUCCCCCAACCACUAUUUUCUCAUCCUACCAGUCAUGGCUCUCCAUGCCUUCACCAGGUGGCUUUACCACACACAUCAUGCGCCUCUUCCUGUAACAGAGAUCCAGGCAGCAGCGUUGUGUCUUCCAUUUUGGAAAGAUUAGAGAGAAGCUGCACCUGCACCUUCAGGUGACAUGACGAGCUGUGGCUUUAGGGACCUCAUCGUGUCCAAGGAGGAAGAACGAUGUGUGAGGUCUUUGCAUGGACAACUUUGAAAACAAAGCGUUCAUGCUGUGUCAAACAACCGCUAACCGUGCAUCCACUGUGCUGCUCAGACUGCUGCUUAGCUGCUGGACAAACAAUUAAAAAGGAUCUAUAACAAGAUAAUUGCACGUCUCUGCGAUGGUUUGCACUGUACAUGACUUUCCUCUUGCUAUGUACAUGCAGUGCAUUUGUGUCCACUGUAGGUAGUCUAAAAAACAAGACUGUUGUUAUGACUGCUGCUGAUCCUCUUUUCAUAUCAGUAUCUGAGUAACAUUCAAAUGACGUGAUGUUAAGAGACCGACCAAGAAAGCAGAUAACGAUGUUGAUAUAUGAGAGUUGAAAAAUCAGAUAAUCACACUGUAUCUAUACUGAAUUUUGGUUUUGAAGUUGAACUGAAAUUUGAAUUCUCAUCACUUUUGAUGCCAGAAAAUAUAAACUAUAAUAAUGAUGCUGCCACUAUUGGGUAUAUUUUUCCAUUUUGCCUGUGGGUGGGCAUUUCCCAUACCAGCAGUUGACUGACUUUUGAUUUUUUCACUUUAGAACAAGCCCACAUAGUGUUGGCUGUCAACCUGAAGCAAACUGUCCCUGUACCCCUUUCAUGUAAAGGUAAUAAAAACUUAACACAAAGUUUGUAUUCCACUCAGAAAGUGGAAGCUAGUUAGCCUAACUUGCUAACGUUAAAACUAAUUCCCACUGGAUGUUAUUUCAACAUUGGCUGAAUCAACACCUGCUCAGUGGUGUGUUCUUCCCACAUUAUGCUAAGGAGGGGGUCUAGCUAGCAUUAGCUGUCUCUUUUUCAUGGGCCCAGUUUUUGGUAAAUAGAAACCAAAUAAACACACAAGUUAAGACAAACAUAAAGGAUAUGCAGUAUAUACAAAUUUCUCAGCAAAACUGAUGCUAUUUCAGUUCAACUUUAAAAUGAACAAAUAACAUUAACCACACUUUUAAGAAGGAUCCCUUGUAAAUUGUGAACAAAAUAUGUAUUAAUCAUUGCCAGACAUAUAGGCAGAUAAUAAUUUAUAUGUGAUAAGAUAAUAUUGGACAAUUUAUUGGUUGGGCUCUAGUUGUUAAGGUGGAUUUCUGGAGAUGUUUGGAAAACCAACUAUAAACUGUAAUAAUAACCAUCUAAAAAAGACUACAGUGUAAGACAAGAGUGCAGCUAUCACUUCCUUCCCUUUGAGUUGAUUAAUCACAUAAUAUUCAUUUAUAUUUUAUUUUUAAUAGGUUGAAGAAAUGAAAGAAGAGGCUGCGCGAAACGAGUAGCAAGUAAUUGAGACUUUGCUCUGAGUAGAUUUAAUUGAUUUUAAAUGAAUGUAAGAGUUUCCACCUAAAUGAUAACAACUAUAUUCUGAAACACUUCAACUGCUCUGUGUUAUCAUGGCUAUGUCCUAGUCCUGCUACAAAGAUAUUGCUAAAUUCUUUUUAAUAUCUUGAGAAAUCAUGAUGUCUUGGAGCCCAAUAGUUAUGUGUGCCUUUAGAAAGUUGAUUUGUUUUUUGUUCAUUGGUUUUGAGAUGAUUUAUUUAUUUUGGUGUUGAAAAAGGAAAAUGUUGUCUUUUUUUCAUUUAGAUUUUUUUUAAAAACUACAAAAAAACAUAUCUCAUGAAUAUGUCACCUUCAUAUUAAUGCUUAUUCAAAUACUUAGUUACAGUAAAGUCAAUAUUCAGUAUAUCAGUUCUCACCCGUCAGCAAAUGUGACUUUUCACUACUCUGUUGAUCAGGCAACAAAUGUUAUUGUACAUAAUGCUGUUAACAUGUUUCUAUCACCAUUGUUGUUGUUGUUGUACAUACAGAACCAAUUAUUUUUCUAAGAUACUGUAAAACUUGAACACUCCUCAGAGAAAAGACAUUGAAUGGUAAACCGAUCACGAGGUAUUGCAGUGUUUUAUUUGGAAUCGUGGUAAUAAAAACCAGUGCUUACCUUGGGUUUUGAAAUUGCGGUGUGUUUUGGAAGUCAUCAUCGGCCCCAUGAAACCAAUUCUCAGACUACCUAAAGGACCUUAGGUGAGCAUACAUGAGGGAGCAACUAAUGGUGAAAUACUAUUAAUGCUGCUUGAAUACUGAAUCUUUGCCAAGUGCUUGCUUGGCAUUCAGACUAAAAUUCACCUCUUUUGUAUUACACACACACACAUUUAUUGUUUUUCAUUAUGUUAAAGUGCAUGGUGUUAAAAUAGGAAUGUAAUGUUUCAAUGUACUGGUUGAAAAGUGAUGUUACCUGUUUGUACAUUUUGCCUUUUUUGUAGAAAAAAAACAAACAAAUGUAGAUUUAGCAUUAAUUCCACUGUCAAGCAACUGAUGAAAAUGUGAACACUACAUCACACCAAUAUAUCAGUUGUUUAAUAAACCUUGUUCUUGAAGCUUUUAA